GAGAGAGCCGCCGAGAGAACUACACACAGGAGGCGGGGUCCGGGGCGAGGGUGGACGCGGCCCUCGGAGGCGAAGGAGGCUUUGGUGGCAACAUGAAGCGCGCCCAGACUGCAGAGGAACGAGAGCGCGAAGCUAAGAAACUGAGGCUCCUCGAGGAGCUUGAAGACACUUGGCUUCCUUACCUGACCCCCAAAGAUGACGAGUUCUAUCAGCAGUGGCAGCUGAAAUAUCCUAAGCUGGUUCUCCGGGAGGCUGGCAGUAUAUCCGAAGAGCUGCAUAAAGAGGUCCCCGAGGCCUUUCUCACACUGCAUAAGCAUGGCUGCUUGUUUCGGGACAUGGUCAGGAUCCAAGGCAAAGAUGUGCUCACCCCAGUAUCUCGCAUUCUCAUCGGGGACCCAGGCUGCACCUACAAGUACCUGAACACCAGACUCUUCACAGUGCCCUGGCCAGUGAAGGGCUGCACCAUCAAUUACACUGAGGCUGAGAUCGCUGCUGCGUGUCAGACCUUCCUCAAGCUCAAUGACUACCUGCAGGUCGAGACCAUCCAAGCCUUGGAAGAGCUGGCUGUCAAAGAGAAGGCUAACGAAGAUGCUGUGCCCUUGUGCAUGGCAGAGUUCCCCAGGGUUGGCAUGGGGUCAUCCUGUGACGAUGAAGUGGACAUUAAGAGCAGAGCAGCCUACAACGUCACUUUGCUAAACUUCAUGGAUCCUCAGAAAAUGCCAUACCUGAAAGAGGAGCCUUAUUUCGGCAUGGGGAAAAUGGCGGUGAGCUGGCAUCAUGACGAGAACCUGGUGGACAGGUCAGCUGUGGCGGUGUACAGCUACAGCUGUGAAGGCUCUGAGGAUGAAAGCGAGGACGAGUCCAGCUUCGAGGGCAGAGAUCCCGACACUUGGCAUGUUGGUUUUAAGAUCUCGUGGGACAUCGAGGCACCGGGCUUGGCAAUUCCUCUUCACCAGGGAGACUGCUAUUUCAUGCUGGAUGAUCUCAAUGCCACCCACCAGCACUGUGUUUUGGCUGGUUCACAGCCUCGGUUUAGUUCCACCCAUCGCGUGGCAGAGUGCUCAACGGGCACCUUGGAUUACAUCUUACAACGCUGCCAGCUGGCGCUGCAGAACAUCCUCAACGACACAGACAAUGGCGAUGUCUCAUUGAAGUCCUUUGAGCCUGCAGUUCUGAAACAAGGAGAAGAAAUCCACAAUGAGGUCGAGUUUGAGUGGCUGAGGCAGUUCUGGUUUCAAGGAAAUCGAAACAAAAUUUGCACUGAUUGGUGGUCUGAACCCAUGGCUCACCUGGAGGGGCUCUGGAAGAAAAUGGAGGGCGUGACAAAUGCUGUGCUUCGUGAAGUUAAAAGAGAGGGGCUCCCUGUGGAACAAAGGAGUGAAAUUCUCACUGCCAUCCUGGCCCCAAUCACCGUGCGCCAGAAUCUGAGGAAAGAAUGGCACGCCAGGUGCCAGUCCCGACUUGUCCGGACCCUACCAGCACACCAGAAACCAGAGUGCCGGCCAUACUGGGAGAAGGAUGACCCUUCCAUGCCUCUGCCCUUUGACCUCACGGAUGUGGUUUCAGAGCUCAGAGGCCAGCUUCUGGAAGCCAAACCCUAGAGGAAGCCCAAGUCUUAGAGUGGAGAAGGGAAAGCUAUCCUUGGCCUUCCUCCCCCAACCUUGCACAAGGGUAGUAUAGACGCCUCUCGACCCGGACAUUAUAGGAUCUGGGUCCCCAUUCAAAACGGCUAGAGAAUAAAGCCCACAAUCACUGAAAUGUUAAAAGUUACUGCGUUUUAGUCUGAUUUGGUAUGAAAUUAGAUGACCACCAC